AUGCGCCUCGACAGCUGUACAGUGCCACGAGUUAAAUUGCCGUUGCCUGGCUGCCUAACCCCUCGUUUCACCUUUGAGAUGGGUAAUGAAGAAAAAGCGGGUGACACUUUACCUCUGCCUCCUCAUGUUCUCAUCUUUCCAUUACCUUUGCAAGGUCAUGUGAUCUCCAUGCUCAAGCUAGCCGAGCUUCUCUCCAUCUCCGGCCUCGACGUCACCUUCCUCGCCUCCGAUUACAACUACGGCCGCCUCCUCCGCCACGCCAGUGUCCAGUCCCGUUUCGCAAAAUACCCUGGAUUCCAAUUCGCCACCAUCUCUGACGGACUUCCGACCGACCACCCGCGUUCCGGGGAUGUAGUGUUGGACAUUAUGAUGUCUUUGAAAGCUUGUGGAUAUAGUCAAUUCAAGGAGUUAAUGGUCUCCACGAAUUGCUUUGGUUCUUCUACUAGCGAUCGAAGGAGGCGGCCUAUCACUUGCCUCAUAAUGGAUGGAGUGUUGAGUUUUGCUGCCAUUGUUGCUGAAGAGAUUGGUUAUCCAUACAUUUAUUUCCGAACAGUUGGGGCUUGCUCUUUCUGGGCCAAUUUCAAUAUUCAGCAAGUUAUUAAUGCUGGAGAAGUUCCUCUCAGAGGGAAGGACGAGGACAAAGUGACUUACUGGAGAAAAGAAGAGAUGGAUCUAUCUGUAACAAGUGUGCCGGGCAUGGAAGCGUAUCUCCGGCGGCGAGAUCUCCCGGCGUUUUUCCGAGUCAAUGACGUGAAUGAUCCGGUCUUCCAGACCAUCAACAUUGAGACAAGAAGAAGCACUAAAGCUAAAGCACUCGUACUCAACACAUUUGAAGACCUGGAAGGAACAACCCUCAAUGAAAUUCGAAAACAUUGUCCAACUGUCUUCUCCAUUGGACCACUCCAUGCCCACCUGAAAGCCCGCGUCGGAGAGUCACCUACGCCGUCCUCCAACCAUUCAGGUAGUUUCUGGGAAGAAGACCGGAGCUGUGUGACUUGGCUUGAUUCACAGCCACCAAAAUCAGUGAUUUAUGUGAGCUUUGGAAGCGUUACUCUUCUAACGAGAGAUGAACUCAUGGAGUUUUGGUAUGGUUUAGUAAACAGUGGGCAAAAGUUUUUGUGGGUAAUGAGGCCGGACUCCAUCGUCGGGCAAAAUGGAGAUCGUCAGCUUCCGGCCGAGAUUGAGGAGGGUACGAAGGCAAGAGGGUACAUCGUGGGUUGGGCUCCACAGGAGGAGGUCUUAGCCCAUCCUGCCAUUGGUGUGUUUUUAACUCACAGUGGGUGGAACUCGACUCUGGAAAGUAUGUUCGCCGGUGUUCCAAUGAUUUGCUGGCCUUACUUUGCUGACCAGACGAUCAACAGUAGGUUUGUGAGUGAGGUUUGGAAGAUUGGGCUAGACAUGAAAGAUAGUUGUGACAGGGUUGUGAUUGAGAGGAUGGUGAGAGAGACUAUGGAGUUGAGGAGGGAUGAGUUGUUGGAGAGAGCUGAUCAUAUGGCAAAAUUGGGAAGAAAGGCUAUUAGUGAAGGUGGGUCAUCGUACUGCAAUUUGGAUCGUCUUAUUGAAUUCAUAAGGUCGAUGAUUGUGUGAUCAUGUCCAAGCUUAAAAUUGAUUGCAGAUUGAUUAUUAAGAGGGGUUUGAGUGCAAAGUCUGAAUGGAAUGAAGAAUGAGUUGUUGAUCGAUGACUGUGAUUUAGAUUUUUCUUUUAUUUUUUAGCAAUCUUAUCGUGAUUUAAUUAGGGUGUAAUUCAAUUUUAAUUAGAAC